UGUGACUUCUCUCUCCUUCAGUUAAGCAGAACCUUUGGUUCCGAAAACAUUUCAAAACUUUUUUUGUCUGAAAACAACAAUGCUGCGAAGAAAACCUUCCAACGCUUCAGAAAAGGAACAGAAUCGCAAACCCAAGAGGUCAAGCAGUUUCAAGCACUUUGAACGAUCAAAGCCUCCAACAUCCCCACUGGUGGCCGACAAGGAAUUUGAUCUUAAUCAAGAUGCAGACUUGACUAACAGCAUGGCAACUGGCACAGAGGAGACAAAAUCAGGGAGCUCUAAACUGGGGAAGAAAUGGCGAGCAGUUAUUUCCCGCACUAUGAACAGGAGGACUGGUCGAACGAUGGCAAAGGCUUUAGCUGAAGAGAGGUGUGAAAGUGGGGAAGAGGAUCCCAUGUCCCCAAUGACACCUGAUGAAGUUCUGCAUAUUAGGCUGGGAGCGAGGGUCUCACAGUCACCCAGUGAAUCAGAGGAGAAUCUCCACACUCCAAUCAGCAGACAGGCGUCAAGCAGUGGAGAUCCAUGCACACCAGACUCGGAACUCAGCAGCAGGGACAGUAUGGACAACAUGCGUCCUCCAUACCUCGGCCCAUUCUGUGGUCGUGCCAGGGUCCACACAGACUUCGUGCCAAGUCCAUACGACGUUGAUUCUUUGAAGCUGAAGAAAGGGGAUAUCAUAGACAUCAUCGAAAAACCACCGGUAGGAACGUGGACUGGGCUGUUAAAGAACAAACAAGGAUCUUUUAAGUUUAUCUAUGUGGACAUACUGCCAGAGGAGGAGAAACAGGAGCCCAGGAAAUCGAGGAUAUUCAACAAGAAUAAAAGGCCCAAACCCAAGAACUUGCAAGAGUUACUGAACAGGAUCAACCUGCAGGAACACAUCUCCACACUGCUACUGAAUGGUUACCAAACGCUGGAUGAUUUUAAAGAGCUGAAAGAGACACAUCUGAAAGAACUGAAUAUCACAGACCCUGAGCAGAGAGCUAAACUGCUGGCUGCUGCUGAUCUACUCCUGGACUACGACACUGGCAGUGAUACAGAAGAGCAAGGAGAGAGCAGCGGUGUGGAUUCCCAGCACUUGAGCUCCAACCCAAUGUGUGACAUUCCACGGGAUUCAGGCUGCUACGAGUGUUCAGAGAACCUGGAGAAUGUCCGGGAAGAAUCCGAGUCAAACAGCACUGAGGAACAGCCACAGAAUGCCCCUUCUGAGAACUAAGCCUGACCCACUUGCAAAGGAGUUUAGACUAGUGCUGACACCUAGUGGCUUAAAGAAUCAUUGUGGACCAUCUCGAAAUCUGAAGUAGCAUUUCUGCACUAAAGUGCAACCGACAGCAACAGAAGUUUAAAGUACUCGAAGAUUGUGAAUUGCUCUUUUUGUUUAGUAUCCCAAAUCCUGCUGCAUGGUAUUCGGUCGAUAAAAAUUUAGACAAAGGAAUAAUUAUUGGAAGCGUUAGGUGUGUCCGUGUUGACCAUUCCCCACGUUUGUCACCAGGAGGUGCUGUUUCUCUAGAUUUACACAUUUCUUAUAAAUUCUUACAACUUUUCACCAGUCCGACAUAAGGACCAGGGAUGCAGUGAGGUACAGUCACUUGUAUGUUCUUUGCAAUCUUUUGUGCAAUGCAACGUGUAGAGAGAGUGUAUUUUGUAGGCAAACGCGGCUGCCAAUUUGCGCACAGUAAUGUCCCCCAAACAGAUGUGAAGUGAAUGACCAAGUUGAGUAGCAAUUACAGGAUCAAACCUCGGUGUUUCUGUAGCUUGGAUCUGAUAAUCACACUGCAGCACUGCUCAGCUUGAACGCGUUCUCUCUUCGCUUCGUUUCAAAUGUACGUGUAUUAUACGCACGCCUAACAGGGAAGCGGCACAAUUCUAUAGCAGCAAAACAUCACACGCUCUCUUAAGGUGUGGCAAGAGAAGGAACGUUAAUAAUCCUUGCAUUUGAUACAGCACCUUAUCACGUCUUCGAGACGAUUCAAAGCGCUUCACAGAAUAUAUUGUAAAGUGAAUUGACUAUAACAUUUUGUGGGCAAAACGCAGCAGCCAAUUGCACCCAAACAGUCGAUGAUUAACUGACCCGAUUUUUUUUAAAUACAACCCAAACUGAGAAGUUCCCAUUACACAUUGGAUUCUGACACAAGUGGAAGAAAACAUUUGAACAUUAUUGCAACCUGUAUCCUCAAAUUAUUGCUUUACCAAAGGUCUAUUGACAAUGGAUACAGCGGCUGAAAUAGGGAAAGCCAGAUGUUAUUCUCCUGCUUGACUGCUGUGUGUUUCAGUCAGUCAGUCACUCACAACCAUUGCUGGUUAUCCAUCGGUUCAGAGCUAAGCUCAUCGAACCCUCCCCUCUGCGCUUGACAGCUGUACAUAGAAAGAAGAACUUUUAUAGGUUCUCAAUUGCCUCAAAGUGAAAUUAUUAUCGAGUGUCGUGGCGUUUUGUAAGCAAACACAGCAACCGUUUCUGUUUUUUAAUAAUACACACAGCGAGAUCCCGCAAAGAAGCAUGAGAUGAAUGACCAAUUUAUCGUUGGGACUGUUGACCAGGACACGAGGAGAAACUCCAUUCUCUUUUCAAAUAAUGCACCUCAACAGUCCGCCUGAACAGUCCGGCAGGGCUUCAGUGUAACAUCAUUCGCAGGACACCAACUCAGACAACGCAGUGCACCUUCAGCACCAAGAUUUUACUUUUGUGAUUUUAUGGAUGGCUUUUUCCUGAGAAACAUCAAUAACCCUGAAAGAUUUGCAUUAUUUUUGUCUGUCUUCUUUAACCACUGUCCUUUUCGAUGCUCUUUCUGAAGGGUUUUCAAGCCUACUAAAAACGUGGAAUUUAGCCAAAAUAAGCUCAUUUAGUACGAACAGCACAGCACGUCAAAGACUUUCAGUAAGUUCAAAUCGCUUCAACACUUAAUUUAGCUCCAUCUCAGUUGGAUUCAGUAAUCUAGAUCUCAACAGACAAUAGGGAAGGGAGGGGGGGGUUUGCUGGAGGAACAAGAUCAGAUGGGCCAAAGGACCUUCUUCAGCGAACCUUGUGUGAUCUUGUGAGUUCCCCUCCUGUUAUUGGCACUCAUUGGUUAAAAACUGAAUGAUGUCAACCCGGUAGACGGAAGAGAAUUGAAAGCUGAUGCUAACUCUUUGGAAGUCUCACCAGAAAGGCAAUGAGCAGAGAGGAGCGAUGUAUCCCAUUUGGAGAGUCAGUUAAACACAACAGCCUUUGCUUCGAUUCCCUUCAUUGGGAAUGGGAAGGGCAGAAAGCGAGAGCAGUCAAGAGACAGACAACUCGGGAGCUAAUUGGCUUUGUUGCCAGCAGCAGUGUAACGACUUCUAGAUCAUAAGGCUUUAUUCAGGCAAAAAUGUGAAAUGCCUGCAAGUGGCCCGCUUCUUCCAAGCUCGCUGUGUAGUUACAGGUGUGGAGAUGCUGUGAGGAAAUAAAGGUCGCAGAUCUCGACAAGCAGAGGGAAUAGGAGGCUCUCAGCGCAUUAAAUGCCGCUCAGAGAAUUUGGGUCAAUUGCAAAAGGAACACAGAAGCCAUUUUAAGUUUUUGAGUGUGUCAUGGGAGCUGCCUUUAUUUUUGAAAGCAGUACUAUUUCAUUAUUUUACUGUUCGUUCUUUUUUUUAAUGAAUUGUGGGGAAGCGAGAGGUUGUUUCGAAUCUUUCAUUCAAACUUGCUUGUUUUUUUUGGAACAGAAAUUUACACUGUUUUUUUCUUCUACGCAACAAAAAACCACCCAUAAUUUUGCAGGCGACAAUCACGCAGACAGCAAGACACGCCACAUACAUUUUACGGAACGUUGCGCACUGCUCAGGGACAUAUUCUUGAUACUCUUACAGCGGUUAAAUUUUUUUGUACCUGGAUUUUCUACUUAUAAAAGCAGCAAAUUCGAAUGUUCUUUGGUUUCGUAGUUAGAAAUGUGAUAAGCAAAUGGCUUUUAUAUUGGAGUCUACAUACCUUAAAUAAAAUGUUUCUCUGCCUAAA